AUGGUUUGGCCGGGUAUUGAAAGCCCCGCUAAAAUGGGCUUUAGCUCACCAUCUCUGCGGAGUGAGAAGUGGGUGGCACAAAUUGGUGCUUUUUACUGUAAUGGCUGGAACGCCGGGAGCCGGCGAAUACCCCGAAGUGCACUCUAUUCUGUUCUGGCUCGCUCAUCCAGAGCCCCCCCCGCCGCCUCCGGAGCUGCACUACAAGCAGCGAGGCAAUUACUCUUGCAGCAGCCAGGCAGUGGCCUGAAAUCUCCAAAGAGCCAGGACAAGCACCGUCCACUGCAGGUUCCAGUGUCAGUGGCCAUGAUGAGUCCCCAGGUGAUCACGCCACAACAGAUGCAGCAGAUCCUCCAGCAGCAGGUGCUUUCCCCCCAGCAGCUCCAGGCGCUGCUCCAGCAGCAGCAGGCUGUGAUGCUGCAGCAGCAACACCUGCAGGAGUUUUAUAAGAAACAGCAGGAGCAGCUUCAUCUGCAGCUUCUCCAGCAGCAGCACCCUGGCAAGCAGGCGAAGGAGCAACAGCAGCAACAGCAGCAGCAGCAGCAGCAGCAGCAGCUGGCCGCCCAGCAGCUCGUCUUCCAGCAGCAGCUCCUGCAGAUGCAGCAGCUCCAGCAGCAGCAGCACCUGCUCAACAUGCAGCGCCAGGGCCUGCUCUCGCUGCCCGGGCCCGCGCCGGGCCAGGCCGCCCUGCCCGGCCAGAGCCUGCCUCCACCGGGAGGCCUGAGCCCCGCAGAGCUCCAACAGUUGUGGAAGGAUGUGACCGGCAACGGUGGACACACCAUGGAGGACAACGGCAUCAAACACAGCGGCGGCGGUGGCGGCGGCGGUACGGGCGGCACCGGGACCGGCGUGGGUGGGGGCGGGCUAGACCUCUCCACCAACAACUCCUCUUCAACUACCUCCUCCAAUCCCGCCAAAGCUUCUCCACCCAUCUCGCACCACUCGAUCACCAACGGACAGUCGCCCGCCCUCAACCACAGAAGAGAAAGGGAAAGGGAGCGAGAGAGUUCACUACACGAAGAAAGCGGAGGAACUCACCCACUGUACGGUCACGGCGUGUGCAAGUGGCCCGGCUGUGAGAACAUCUGUGAGGACUUUGGGCAGUUUUUGAAGCACCUAAACAGUGAACACGCCCUGGAUGACCGGAGCACAGCCCAGUGUAGAGUCCAGAUGCAGGUUGUACAGCAGCUUGAAAUACAGCUUUCUAAAGAACGCGAGCGUCUUCAGGCCAUGAUGACCCACUUGCACAUGCGGCCCUCAGAACCCAAAUCAUCUCCCAAACCACUCAACUUGGUUUCCAGCGUCACCAUGUCCAAGAACCUGCCCUCGGCAUCGCCCCCCAACUUACCUCAGACCCCCACCACGCCCACCGCCCCCAUCACACCCAUGGCCGCCAUGCCCCAGGUGCCGUCGGUACUGGGAGGCGCAAACGUCCCCAGCAUGGGAGCCAUGCGCAGACGCCACUCGGACAAGUACUCCAUGCCUUUGUCGUCAGGUGGUGACACAGUAUUUAUUUUUCCAGAGAUUGCCCCAAACUACGAGUUUUAUAAGAACGCAGAUGUCAGACCGCCAUUUACUUAUGCAACCCUCAUAAGACAGGCUAUCAUGGACUCUGCCGACAUGCAGUUAACGCUUAAUGAAAUAUACAGCUGGUUCACGCGCACGUUUGCCUACUUCAGACGCAACGCUGCAACUUGGAAGAACGCUGUCCGCCACAACCUCAGCCUGCACAAGUGCUUUGUGCGCGUGGAGAACGUGAAGGGGGCGGUGUGGACCGUGGAUGAGGUGGAGUACCAGAAACGCCGGUCGCAGAAGAUCACAGGAAGUCCAUCUCUCGUCAAGAACCUGCCCUCCAGCCUUGGUUACGGAACUGCACUAAAUGCCAGCUUACAGGCCGCCCUGGCGGAGACCUCCCUGCCCUUGCUGGGGACCCCGGGGCUGAUGACCAGCGCCGCGGGUCCAAUGGGAGGCACCUGCCACGGCCUCCUGGGCGGGGACCCAUCCGGACUGACCGGAGGAAGUCCGCCCGGACUGUUAGGCGGGAGCCCGCCCGGUUUGCUGGGGGGCAGCCCCCCAGGCGCGCACAGCAUCAGCCCCCCCGGCCUGCUGCAGUCUGCCCACGACGAGCUCAACGGCUCUCUGGACCACCUGGACGCCAACGACCACAGCAGCCCCGGAUACUCCCCCCCUGUACACAUGCCCCCUGUUCACGUGAAGGAGGAGCCGCUUAACAUGGACGAUGACGACUGUCCGAUGUCGCUGGUGACGACAGCCAAUCACAGUCCGGAGCUGGAGGACGACCGGGAGCUGGAGGAGGGGAACCUGUCGGAAGACCUGGAGUGACUAGGAUACGGUUUUUGGUCCAUGUAUCCCUUCACCCGACCGCACUGUUCCUCCCACUCAGAUCUACAAGACUAGAAACCACUCCACAGCCCAAAAAAAAACCACAGGUGACUCUCUCUGUCUCUCUCACCACUGGGACUAUUUAUUGAGCAUGAAUCCGGAUAGAGACCAAUCCAAAGGAACUCUCUGUUGCAGCCCUUUGGGAUUCCCAAACAGACAGACAGACAGACAUGUGAUGUCUGUUUAAAAAAAAAAAAUAAAGAAAAAACUCUCUGAGACCCGUUUCAUUAGGGGUGGCGUGGCCACACACACCAGAAGGAUGGACCCAUGGACGGGGGGGGGAAAAACAUGAGACAAAUAAGCAAAUCAUGUUCCGUGGAAAGCUAGCGGCCUCGUAUACUGCCAAAAAAGGAAGACAUUUUCUGUUUGUGAAUAAUCCAACCCACGGUAGUCGCUCAUGCCGAAAGACAACUGCUGGUUCAAUUCAAGUUGUUGCUCUGUCAUCAUUUGCACAGGAGUAGUCUCGAAUCUUUGUGUCACUGCCUGUAUGUCGCUUCGAUUAUGAAAACCAGUUCAUUAUUUUUAGCCUCUUGCUUUCCGUCGUUGUUAAUUUCCUGAUAUGAUUUUAAGAAACCCACCAACUGUAAAUUCCAUUCCCCAAAUCACGCCAGUAAAAAGGAGCCGCGCUACCAAGACUGUUUUUGCAGCUGUCCAGGAAAAAAAAGUAAGAGAAAGAAAUUGGCUUCUGGUCUUUUACUCGUUUGUGUAAGUUGAACAAAAACAAAAAGAAAGCAAAAAGAAAAAGAAAAAAACUGGAACUGAAAAUGGGAACACAGCAGUAGUUUGUUUAAAGCGCCAUCCACAAAACAAAUGCAUUUCCGCAUCAUUUGCUUUUUUCGCUGUUCUCCUUUUACCUCUGCGUUCUAAAGCUUUGUCUACCUGCAAACAGUCACAGGCAACAGCUAGAAACCAAAGCCAACACUAGCAAUGGCCAAUAGCUUAUAGACAGAAGCCGCCAAACUCUUCUUGGUCCGCCUUCUGUGACUUUAAACUAGUACAAAGAGAAGCUUUCGUUCAGCAAACUACCUUGGAAAAACCUCGGGGAUUGUUUCAUUUAGCCCUAUACAAAGAUGAAAGAAAGGCUGAUUUUUCUCCUGUAAUUUGAGAAACUCAUAAAACGUCCACUUUGGGAGAUCAGAGCGAGCUGCAGGUGAAAGGCGUCGUGAUUUCUGACCUGCAGGCAUUUUGUGACGGUGAUUUAGCCAGUAGAGAGCAGCUAACUGUAAAAGUGGAUCAUGACCAAAACAAAAGCAUUCGUGUCGUCGAUGGAUGUGCAGAAAGCAUCGUGUUGUUGUGAAGUUUUUCUUUUUUGUGUCCCUUCUAACGCAUCGCCCAUCAGAAGUCGCAGUUUUUUCCUCUGUUUCUGUUUCCUUUGUGUCUCGUUUUACGUGGGACUGUCCAUGUACCGUGGCGGGUUUUGUUUCUGAGCCGCGUCCAAACCGAAACUGAAAACAUUUCUAACCAAACAUGAAAAAUAUCUAGUGAAGCCAAAUAAGUCAUGAUUUCAAGUUAAUAUGAAAUGAUGUGGCUUGGUGAGCAUGUAAAAGCAAAUAGUGAGAGCCAUUGCUGAAGAGGAUAUCUAAGGUGAGAGGUAACCUUUUUCUAGGUGAUAUUUGCUUUAACGUCAUCGAAUAUAGUCAUUAUGUGGGUCACAGCUUCUAAACUUUAUAGACACAGUCCGUUUUUGUGGUGGAAAUCAGCAUCUCCCAUCUUUUUCCUCUCCGCUUAUGUCAUCUAGAAAAGUGUUGUUGCUUUAACGGUCAUUUCUGUUUUCAGUAAACCAAAGUUACACAAAAUUCUGCCUCCUCUUGUAUGGGAUUUAAAAAAAACACACACACAUUUGCAGACACCCACCACGUCGGAGCAGAAAGCCGGCUUUGUGCGGCGCUGUAGAGCAAAGCGUCCGCCCCUUCUGACCAAAACGGGAACAACACUGUGCAUAUGUUGCUCUGGAGCGUGGAAACACACACUCACUCACACACACACA